CAAUGAUGCAAUUACCAAGAUUAUUUCAUACGUGUCUCCCUAGACACAAAGCCUUGUUUGAUACAUUUAAACUAGCACAAAAACUAGAAAAAGAAGGAUUUACAAGACAACAAAGUGAGGCAAUCAUGGAUUCAUUACAAAAAGUGAUUUCUGAAAGUAUGUCUGAUAUGACGCAUAGGAUGGUGACGAAGGCAGAAAGAGAAAAGGCUAUUUAUGCCUAUAAAGUGGAUUUUGCUAAACUCAAGACAGAAAUUCAACUAUUGGAAAGAAAUGAUUUCACACUCAUGAAGACAGACAAUGACCGAUUAGAAAACGAAUUAGAAAAACUAAGGCAACGAUUAAGAGAAGAAACCACACGCGCCAAAGCCAAUGCAAGACUGGAUCUCAAUCUAGAAAAAGGACGUGUUCGUGAUCAAGCCAGUCUACAUGAAAUCAAGAUUAAAGAGACAGAUACACGUAUUGAGAGUGAAAUUGCUGGUCUAAGAACACAGAUGCAAACCAUUAAAUUUCAAAUUAUGCAAUACAUGAUUGGUACAAUGACUGGUGCUGGUGCUUUAUUCUUGGCUUAUCUUCGUAUGUUUAAAUAG